AUGUCGAGCUCCUUUGAGAAAUCCGUCAAGGGGGCCACCAAGAUCAAGGCUGCGCCGCCCAAGACCAAAUACAUCGAGCACAUUUUAGUAGCGACGCACGCUGGCGAGGCCGGCGUUGGGGAGGUCUUUCGCGCUCUGCAGUUCCGCCUGAGAGACUCGACAUGGACCGUCGUCUUCAAGAGCUUAAUCACCGUCCACCUUAUGAUCCGUGAGGGUUCGCCCGACGUCACACUUUCUUUCCUGGCGAGACACCCGAACACGCUCGCCAUCAGCAGCUUUACCGACGCCCAGACUCAAGGUCGGAACAUCCGGCAUUAUGCAAGCUACUUGAGCUCCAGAGCCAAGGCCUUCCGCGAAACGAAAUGCGACUGGGUUCGAACGAAGGAAUCACGCCUGGAGAAGCUCUCUGUGGACAAGGGCUUGCUCAGGGAGACGGAAAUCCUGCAAACCCAGAUCACGGCUCUGCUGAAAUGCGAAGUGCUUGAAGGCGAAAUCGAGAAUGAAAUCACAGUUACCGUCUUCAGAUUGCUGGUCCUUGAUUUGUUGGCAUUAUUCCAGGCUUUGAACCAGGGGAUGAUUAAUAUUCUGGGAACAUUCUUCGAAAUGUCAAAGGUCGACGCCGAGCGAGCCAUGGCCAUCUAUCGCAACUUCACCAAGCAGACCGACUUUGUAGUGCAGUACUUGAGCGUCGCACGGCAAUUCGAGCAUCAAACGAGAGUCGAGGUUCCCAAGCUGAAGCACGCGCCGGUUAACUUGGGUCGCCAACUUGAGGAGUACCUCCAUGAUCCCGACUUUGAAGUCAACAGAAGACAGUACAUUGCUGAGCAGCAGGCCAAGAAGAAGGGAGGAGGGGUUUCGAAAUCAUCGGCGGGGGCGGGAGCGGCUUUUGACUCGAGGCCGACACCAGCAGCGAAUAAUCCCUUCCCGAGCAUGAAUGGGUCAUCGCAACCCAAGACCGAGACCGCCAAGGGUCCUGCGCCAGACCUGAUCGAUUUCUUCGAGUCAAUUGAGCAAAACCAAACAGUCAUGGCACCCAAUCAGCAACAGCAUCAACAGCAACAACAGAUGCCUAUGCAGACAGGUUUCGCGACUAAUAGCCCGUUUCAGCCACAACCUACGGGCUUCCAGCAGAAUGGUUUUGCCGCGCAACAGAACGGCUUUGCGCCUCAGCCGACUGGUUUUGGAACAAACCCGUACCAACAGCAGCCGCAGCCGCAGCAGCCCCAAAGCACCAAUCCUUUCGGGCAGCCGCAACAGCAGCAGCAACAACAACAAGCGCCACAGCCGUUGCAGCCCAGCUUCACUGGAGCUGGGUUUGGUGGCUUCACCCCUCAGCAAAACUUCCAGCCCGGCGCAUUGGGUUCUAUACCGCAAGACUCAGUCGCAAGCUUUCCAACGGGUGCAACUGGCAUGCUGAGCCCCCAGGCCGGGCAACAAAUCACUAAUCCCUUCCGAGCGUCUAUGCUGAUGGCUCAGCAAACCGGCAUGUCUACUAAUACGGGCUUUUCCUCUCCCGCCAGCCCCCAGCCGAACCUGCAGAGGCAGUCAACAAAUCCCUUUGCCAGGUCUUCGCCUCAGGCACAGCAGCCGUUUCCGCCAGCUCAGGAUAACUCCCCCUUUGCUCAGCAAACCCAGUCGACAACCCAGCUUCCAACCAUUGCUCCUCUUCAGCCAAUGAUGACUGGCACAAACCCCUUUGCCAAGAACUUUGGCAGUUCUCCAUUACAGCAGCAGCGUCCUGCUACGAGCUCUGGUGCUCUUGUGCCACAACCCACAGGAACCACAAACCCCUUCCGUCAAGGCGCCUUUGUCAACCACCAGACCGGUAUGGGCUGGCAGCACAACCAGCAGAGUAUGGGAGGUGGCUUGGACAACCUUGAAACGGUGCCCGUCUUCCCACGACCAAUUCAGCAGUCACCAUGGCAGACAUAA